AUUGCUCCGACGGAUUCGUUAAUAAUUUUUAUCUAAAAAUGCAAUGGCUCGAUAAGAGAAUGGUUGGAAUUAGCUCUCAAAUUAAUUAGUGGACCCCUUCACUAGCUCCCGGAAAAACAAGUAGGACGGUACAAACCGAAAUGUUUUACCAUAUAAAGUUAGAACAUGAAAUAUUAUUACACCCAAAAUAUUUUGGACCGAAUCUAACAGAAACAGUGAAAACCAAGUUGUUUUCGGACGUCGAAGGAACUUGCUCCGGGAAGUAUGGCUUUAUCAUCGCUGUUACGAAUAUAGAGCAUAUUGGUGCUGGUAUAAUACAGCCAAAUCGAGGAUUUGUGCAAUACCGUAUAGUAUAUCGUGCCAUCGUCUACCGGCCGUUCAAGGGCGAGGUCGUAGAUGCUAUCGUUACCCAGGUUACUAAGGUUGGUGUGUUUGCGGAAGCUGGCCCUCUCACUAUUUUCAUUUCUAAAUAUUCUGUCCCCUCCAAUAUUAAAUUUGAAGGUGCUGAGACCACUACUGACGGUCUCAACGAUGAAGAUGAAGAAGAGACCCAAACAGUACAGAUUGAAGAUCGUAUUAGAAUCCGCAUAAUUGGUCUCAGAGUUGACGCCAGUGAUAUUUUCGCCGUUGGCACUCUAAUGGAUGAUUAUCUUGGUCCAUGCACCUAGUUUCCAAACUGUUGAAUUUUAGUAAAGUUUUCGAAUUAAACAUCAUGUUGUUCAGACUACCGUCUUCUAGUGAAAUCAUUUCGAGGAUAACUGCUUUUGUACAAAUAUGGCAACUGAUUCUACUGUAAAUAUAUAUAUUUUUGUAUAAAUACAAAUGUUUGUUACUGAUUA